AUGAGUAGCUCGUCACCGGCACAUUCUUCGAUAUCGACGACGGCGAUUGCCGGAGAAAGAAAUGGAGGCAGCAAUGGGAGUGGUGCUGCUGCUUUGUCCGCUGACGAUUUCUACUUCCCAUCUGAUCUCAUUUCGAUUCAAGAUCGAAAAGAUGAGGCAAUGCUUGUUUUAAAGGCCAAUCUCAUGGUUGCACUUAAUAAGGAGGUUAAAUCGCUUGAUGAAGAUAACUGGAUGUUUGAAGGGCCACGGUCCCGUAUCAACUUGAUAUCUAGACAAGGGGGUUUUCUCCAGAAGCGACUGGGAAUUUCAAAGAAUUGGAAUUUGGCGGGACCAAGAUGAUUUUCAGCACCUCAUGCAAGAUGUUGUAUUUCUUUGUUUAUACUUUAUAGCUUUGUAGGACCCGUGAGGAUCUUGAACCCACAUUUUCCUUUUUCAUUUGUCACUGUUUUCGAGGAGUUGACAUGUAAAUGAAACAAUAUCAGCAUCUGCAAUUUUAUCAAGUUUGUCCAUGAAACAAUAUAUUUUUGGUUCGUGUA